GAAUGAAAUACAUAAAGGUUACCUCAUAUUUCCCCUCUCAUCCAUCCUGCAUGAGAGCAGCCUCCCAUACGUCCAUGCGUAAAUGAGGUAGGACCUCCAUUUUUCUCUCCUACCGGCCACCUUCUUCAUCGUCGUCAUCCUCCUCCUCCGCGUCACCAUCAUCUACAAGCUGCAUCCGAGGAAGAAGAAGACGAGCAGCGCAUUGUGACGGAGCAGAAAAGAUGGACGUAACCGACCAGGGUGCCCAAAUGGAGCCGCUGUUGCCAACGGAACAAAGCGCUCAAGAAAACAAAAAAGUGAGGACUGAUGAGGAAGCAGUGGUGGAUCGGGGUGGAACGCGCUCCAUGCUGAACACCAACUUUGAGAAGGAAGAACUGGAAGGUCACCGUACUCUGUAUAUUGGGGUGCACGUUCCUCUUGGUCGGAGGUCGCAUCGCCGCCACCGUCACCAUGGCCAUCGACAUCGGAAGCGAUCCAAGGAGAGGGACUCCACGGCCGACGAUGGCCGAGAAUCCCCAUUGCACACAGACACACCAGCCCAGAGGGUGCAGUUUCUGUUGGGGACAGAGGAUGGUGAUGAGGAGCACAUCCCUCAUGCCCUGUUCACCGAGCUGGACGAAAUCUGUCUCAGAGAGGGGGAUGAUGCAGAAUGGAAGGAGACCGCCAGGUGGCUGAAGUUUGAGGAGGAUGUUGAGGAUGGCGGCGAGAGAUGGAGCAAGCCCUACGUGGCCACUCUGUCUCUUCACAGUCUAUUUGAACUUCGCAGCUGCAUUAUGAACGGCACCGUGAUGUUGGACAUGAGAGCAAAUUCGCUGGAGGAGAUUGCUGAUAUGGUCCUGGACCAGCAUGAGUUGUCUGGCCCAUUGGGUCAGGAUGCCAGGAAAAGGAUCCGUGAGGCACUGCUCAAGCAGCAUCACCACCAGAACCACAAGAAGCUCGCCAACCGCAUCCCAAUUGUGCGGUCCUUUGCAGAUAUCGGCAAGAAGCAGUCAGAACCGCAUUCCAUGGACAAGAAUGGCCAAACCGUUUCCCCACAGUCCCAGCCCGCCACCACUGAAGGAAAACAAGACGUCAGCAGAGAAAACAGUGCAGUCGACUUCAGCAAAAUUGACCUUCACUUCAUGAAGAAAAUUCCACCUGGCGCCGAGGCUUCCAAUGUCUUGGUUGGGGAGUUGGAGUUCCUAGACCGUCCCGUCGUGGCCUUUGUGCGCCUGUCACCUGCUGUGCUGCUAAACGGCUUGGCUGAGGUUCCCAUCACCACCAGGUUUCUUUUCAUCCUCCUUGGGCCCCUGGGAAAAGGUCCACAGUAUCAUGAAAUAGGGCGGUCCAUUGCAACCCUGAUGACUGACGAGGUUUUCCAUGAUGUGGCGUAUAAAGCCAAAGACAGAAAUGACCUUGUUGCGGGAAUCGAUGAGUUCCUUGAUCAAGUAACAGUGUUACCCCCUGGAGAAUGGGACCCCUCCAUCAGGAUAGAACCUCCCAAAAAUGUGCCCUCUCAGGAAAAGCGGAAGGUUCCUCCUGUUCCAAAUGGAGUUACAGAUAUUGUUGAGACCGAGGAACAUGGAGGCCAUGGUGGCCCUGAGCUCCAACGCACUGGAAGGCUCUUUGGCGGGUUCAUCAUGGAUAUCAAGAGAAAGGCCCCUCACUAUCUUUCUGACUACACCGACGCCAUUAGCCUGCAGUGUCUGGCUUCUUUCCUAUUCCUUUACUGCGCCUGCAUGUCACCUGUUAUCACCUUUGGAGGUCUCCUUGGUGAAGCCACCGAAGGACGUGUGAGUGCUAUCGAGUCCUUGUUUGGGGCUUCCAUGACUGGUAUUGCCUACUCGCUUUUUGCUGGGCAGCCUCUUACAAUCCUUGGGAGCACAGGUCCGGUUCUUGUGUUUGAGAAGAUUCUCUUCAAAUUCUGCAAGGACUAUGGGCUAUCCUACCUCUCCCUGAGGGCCUGCAUUGGCCUGUGGACGUCAUUUUUCUGUCUCCUGCUGGUGGCCACAGAUGCCAGCUCGCUUGUUUGCUACAUCACACGUUUUACAGAGGAAGCCUUUGCAGCCCUCAUCUGCAUCAUCUUCAUCUACGAGGCUCUAGAGAAACUGCUCCACCUAGGCGUGCACUACCCCAUCAAUAAAAACAACGACCUUCAGAAACUUACGCAGUAUUCGUGCGCUUGUGUGGAACCCAGUAAUCCCAGCAAUGAGACGCUGCAGUUCUGGGAGAAGAGGAACAUCACGGCCUCCCAUGUCAACUGGACUAUGUUGGAAGUUAAGGAGUGCGAAGAACUGCACGGGGAUUUCAGUGGUACUGCAUGUGGCCCCCAUGGCCCUUAUAUCCCUGACGUCCUCUUCUGGUGUGUGGUCCUUUUCUUCACCACCGUCUUCAUGUCCGCCUUCCUCAAGGAGUUCAAGACAAGGCGGUACUUCCCUACCAAGGUGCGGGCCAUCAUCAGUGACUUUGCAGUUUUCAUCACCAUCUUCACCAUGGUUCUGGUGGACUACGCACUGGGCAUUCCCUCACCGAAACUACAAGUUCCCAGCAAGUUUAAACCAACCAGAGAUGAUCGUGGCUGGCUGAUCAACCCUGUGGGACCUAACCCGUGGUGGACCACCAUCAUCACCUUCAUCCCUGCUCUCCUGUGCACCAUCCUUAUCUUCAUGGACCAACAGAUCACCGCCGUUAUUAUCAACAGGAAGGAACACAAACUGAAGAAAGGCUGUGGCUACCACCUGGAUCUGUUUGUGGUCGGGGUGAUGCUGGGCGUGUGCUCUGUGAUGGGUCUGCCGUGGUUUGUGGCGGCCACCGUGCUCUCCAUCUCCCAUGUCAACAGUUUGAAGCUGGAGUCUGAGUGUUCUGCUCCUGGUGAGCAGCCUAAGUUCCUGGGUAUUCGCGAGCAACGCUUCACCGGCCUCAUGAUCUUCACCUUAAUGGGCUGCUCUGUGUUCAUGACGUCGAUGUUGAAGUUCAUUCCAAUGCCUGUGCUGUAUGGAGUGUUUCUCUACAUGGGAGCCUCCUCACUUCGAGGGAUUCAGUUCUUUGAUCGUCUCCGGCUGUUUGGGAUGCCGGCCAAACACCAGCCAGAUUUCAUUUACCUUCGCCAUGUUCCACUAAGGAAGGCUCACCUCUUCACCAUCAUCCAGCUUAGUUGUCUGGUGAUGCUGUGGGUCAUCAAGACAUCCAAGGCCGCCAUUGUUUUCCCAAUGAUGGUCUUGGCGCUUGUCUUCAUCCGGAAGCUUCUGGACUUCAUCUUUACCAAGAGAGAACUGAGCUGGUUAGAUGACUUGAUGCCAGAGUGGAAGAAGAAGAAACUCGAGGAUGCUGCACAAGAGGAAGAGCACAGUAUUAUUGCAGAAGAAGAAGGCAUUGUGCAGGUCCCACUUGAAGGACACCUCAAGAGCGACCCAGCUACAGUGAACAUUACUGAUGAGAUGUCCAAAGGCUCUUUUGGGGACGUAUGGAAGGGUGUCAGUCCUGUGGAAAAAGAUCCUCCUGCUAAAAGAUCCCCUUCCUAACCUCUCAGAAGCUGAGAAGCAAAAAGGUUUUCCAAAAGUGGCGAGAAGCGUCACAAACGUCGGAGGCGCGACAAGAGCUUGGACAGAGAGACAAGUUUGUGAAGACACACACUGGCAGUGCCGCCAUUUUGUCAUGUCUGUGUUAAAGAUAGUUUUUAAAAUACUGUGCCACACUCAACCACCUUUGUACUGUGAUACACUGUUUUUUGUCUUUGUGUGCAAGUUGUGUACUAAAAAGGUUAAAUUAGAAAUGUCAUUGUCAUAAAGAGUCAAUGCACAUUUGUGCAAAACCAGCAGCAAAUGUAAUGUUUUCAACAGGCCAAAAUUAUUGACAAAUUUUGAAUAACAUUAAUUGUAUUUUACAGAUUUGUAUGCUUUGCAAAAUCUGCAUCGUAUUGAAAAAAAAAAAAAAAAAUGCUUAUGUGUGUUGCACGUCCCUGAAGUGUGAAUAUAUAAUCUUCAAACGUUUGACAACAAAAAAGUUUACAUUUUAAAGAGGAACUGCACUUUUUGGGGGAAUUUUGCCUAUCGUUCAUAAUCAUUAUGAAAGACAUGACGAAGGAUGGAUUUUUUAAAUACAUUAUUUCUUGUAAGCAAAUGUAAAUUAAAGUCCGCUUGAUAAAUAACCAUUGAAAAACCGCCAACAAUACUCCAUUUACAUAUCAUGACUUGAAUAUUAACCAAGUGUUAGUGAUAUUGCCACAGCCCCCUGUUUAUUUGUGAGGAUGAUGGUCAUGCUUCAUCUAAAUGGGAACAUAUGAACAAUUCUAGCAGUCGGCAUCCUAUUGACAGCAGACCUUGCACAGUAAAUUAUGUUUUAUUUAUGUUUGUUGGCUCUUGUAACGUCAGCAGUAAAUAAUAGUCAUGAAGAAAAAAAAAAGCAAACGUUUUUAAAAAUGAAUGCGCCGCGUUUGCUUAAAAUUAUCAAAAUACGGAAAUAUUAAAUGUUAUUAUAAAUAUGCCCGUUAUUACAUUGCAUAUAUAUUUACAUCAUGUAUAUAAAACCUUAAUGGAGGUGUCCGGAUGUUUUUUUAAGGGCUUUGUAGGCAGAAUUGCGCGGCUCCAUUGAAAGCGAACUUAUGACCGAAUUUGUUUUAAUAUUCAGACUGCAACAUUUUUUUUUUUAAAUCCAUCGUCAUGAUGGAUUUCAUAAUGAUUGUAAUUGAUAGGCAAAAUUCCAAAAAAGCUCAGUUCAGCUUUAGUUUUUCAAUACAGAACAAAUGUCAUCAUUUAUUAUGACAUUGCAAUUAAAUCAUUUAAAAAUGUAUUGGAAUAAACAUUUAUAAUAUUAAUUACAAAAUUACAAAUGAAUUACAAAUAUAGAAAAUAAUGCAUUACAAAUAAGAUUUAAAUGUGUAUUAUAUUUCAUAUAUAUAUAUAUAUUGAAUAUAUGCAUUUUGCAUCAAGACUUUAGGGACACAUUUGAGAAUUUGUGUGAUGUCUAAAGGUUAUAAAGCAAAUCUUUGAGUUUUUAUGUAUUCUGUAUAAUUAAUUGUUUGUGAUGGUAACAGCAAUUUAUUUAUUAAUUUUCAUGACAUUCCAUUUAAAAAUAUCUACCUUUUUUUUUAAAGACACCAUGUUAGCGUAGCUCUUUUUGGGAAUUGCUCUUACUUGGUCUUUGUUUUGUAUUGCAAAGGCGGAUCUUUAGAGUUGCUUGUACAGGAAACAUUAGCACUUGUGUCAUCUUGUCACCCAUGGACCUAUGCUCUCCUCCAUGCUGUUGGCAUUCAAACUUUGUAUUCUUUAAAGACACUUCUAGAGAUGCAAUAAUGAAAAAAUCAGCAAAGGGCAACCUGUAAUAUGUGUUAACUGUCUUAACAAUGUAUAAUACAUGCUAUAUUUUAUUAAGUGUUACUAAUAUAUUACAAAACUGAUGUCAAAGACAGUUUUUUCAUGUAGAUGUUUCUUUCCUUUCAUCUCAUUUAUGCUUCUUUGUUCCUCAGACAAAUCAAUAAUAUUAAAAUAAUACAUUUUUAACACAUUUGGGUUUGUUUUUGCCUUAAACUUUGGCAGAAGGUAGCCAUGCACUUUCUGUUCAUAAAUUGGACUGGUGAUUUUGCCAUAAUUUACUUUCCAAUUGUUGUUCACUUGUGUUUUCUGAAGAAUGACAAAGAAGCAAGAGUGUUUAAAAAUGUUCAAUAAACUUAAUUCACGUUU